AUGAGCGUCGCAACAGAAGGCUUGGAAGACAUGCCCAUCCAAGUGACUCGGGAGACCAGACAAGCUUCCAAAAUUAACCAGAUUUUUGCAAAGAUCGAUGACUCAUUAAUGCAAAUGCAAGGUCAAAACAUUAUAAAGAUUAAUAUCCAAGAUCUUGAAAAAUGUCCACCACCAAACGUAUAUAUUGAGAUCGUUGGGAGAAUUACUAAUGUUCAGCGAACUCAUCGUGCGGUCGAAUUUAUUGGAAUCGCUCUUCCUAAUUCAACAAAUCGCUUUCAUCAGAAUCCUUUUCCUGGGGUAUUCACAGUUCCGGCGACUCAACAACAAAAUCAAAGACCUGAACAAGCUCCAUACAUAAUUAAUUGGGAUGCUAACCAAACUUUGAUUUAUUAUAUAAUGAAAUAG